CUGUUCGACAGUGGAAUUUGCUGCCAAGGAGUGUGGUGGAGUCUCCUUCUUUGGAGCUCUUUAAGCAGAGGCUUGACAACCAUAUGUCAGGAGUGCUCUGAUGGUGUUUCCUGCUUGGCAGGGGGUUGGACUCGAUGGCCCUUGUGGUCUCUUCCAACUCUAUGAUUCUAUGAUUCUAUGAUUCUAGGUUAACAGUUUCAGGUUAAGAACGGACCUCCGGAAUGAAUUAAGUACUUAACCCGAGGUACCACUCUACUCAAAUGUGAACAAGCCCCAAGACUAUGUGGGAAACAGAGCCUGAAUCACCCAGCAAAAAAUUCCAGUACUGUACCCAACAUGGUACAGAGUCUUCCCUCCUACAUUAUUAGGCCGUGUAACUUUUUAUAUCGACAGAUUAUGAGAAGUACAGUGUACAACCAGGGUGUGGGUGGAGGAGAGCCUUUCAAGAAGGGAUUUCCAGAGCUCAUUCAGAACAGGGUCACCGUGUGUUUUCUUUCUGUGUGGGAAGAGGCCAAGGCUGAUGGAUGAUUUCAGGUGGGUAUUUCCCUCUUCCUUUCAGAGCUAAACUAGUAAAAGAUAAAACUACCGGUUGAGUUUAAAAUUGCCCUGCUUCUACCACUCAGCAAACAUGUUUUUGGACAUGAAGAGGAUUGUGCUGAAAUGGCUUCUGCUGGAGCUGUUGCUGCUGCUUCCUGGCGUUUGGGAUGCUGGAGCUGACGAAUCGUUGAGAGAGAGGGCUCUCAACCUCAUGGUGAAAGUCCCUUUAAUUGAUGGGUAGGCCCAAUUUCUUUCUUCGUCUCCCUGUCCAAAAUACAUUAAGACACCUUGUUGUGUUAUUAUUCUUGGGCAUUAUGGGGAAGCCUGAGGUAUCAUAUGCUGUGCUAAAAAAGACCUCAUUUUGUGUCAAAGGGAAAGCUUUCAAAUUCUGCACCAAAAUGAUUAUGCCAUUAGAUGAUGGUGCUCAUUUUACAGAACGCUUGUUUAGCUUUACUAUUGCAAUGUUGGCAUUUCAAUAUUGAUAUUCACAGUACUUAAAACACUGUUUCUUGGGGUGGCUGAGGGUCAGAUUAGUGAAUUAAGUGUCCCCUUAAUUUCCCCUUAUUUAAUCAACUUUAAUUUCUCAUAGUGGGGACUUAGAUUCCAGUUCCUUACUAGUCUUCCCCCCUUUCCCCCCUCUUUUAUCAUAGAAAGAGAAGAGGGGAAAAAUAAGAGGAAUCAGUUAUUUAACACCCCCCACUUGGGAACAAAACAGCAUGAAUGAGGGCAAUUAAUUACUAAUCCUCAGGCCAUACUGAGCAAGAAAGCAAUAAUAUAGCCUGAAUCUGCAAGCAAAAAGCUUUCAGAUUAACAAAAUAGUUAAUAUGAACCCAAAAGCCUUAGUAGUGUGCUUUAACUUUCCACAUUAGAUAAGCUGGUGCUGCAAUUGCAUUUUUAGCUCUCUUUUUAAAAAAAAUAAUAAAAAUCUCCAGUACCAGGUCUGAUAAACACAGGAGUUCAACACCAGAAACGGAUGUGAGAUGUUUGGGGAAAGUUUUGCCCUAAAAGGUACCACAUAAAUCUUUGAAAUAAACAGCUGGCGGAUUAUUUCCAAUAUGGAGAUGUGAGUGGUAACUGUGUGGUUUAAGUCUAAAUUUAAUUCUUUUUAAUUGUUCUUGUUUAUUUUAACUCCACCAGUGUGGUGUAGUGGUUAAGAGCGGUAGUCUCGUAAUCUGGUGAACCGGGUUCGCGUCUGCGCUCCUCCACAUGCAGCUGCUGGGUGACCUUGGGCCAGUCACACUUCUCUGAAGUCUCUCAGCCCCACUCACCUCACAGAGUGUUUGUUGCGGGGAGGAAGGGAAAGGAGAAUGUUAGCCGCUUUGAGACUCCUUCGGGUAGUGAUAAAGUGGGAUAUCAAAUCCAAACUCCUCCUCCUCCUCCUCCUCCUCUUCUUCUUCUUCUAUUCUGCUGACCUCAGACCAAAAGAAUUAUGCCUGCUGGGUUUCUGCCUUGCCUUUGUGGUUUAAAGGGCUCCAAAGUUAAUUAACUUAAAUUGCUAUCAGCUGUGUGGGAGACCUUAGCGCUUGGAACUAGAGUUGGAGCUUUUGGUGUUUGGGAUGCUGGGUGAAUGCUUUGCUGGAACUCUUCACACACAAAUUGUUUACCUUUAUGAACUGUGCUCCCUACUGCAUUUUGUUGAUCCCCACCAAGAUUUACCAAUGGAGAUUUACCCACUGAGAAAGAAGAAGGAGAAGCCCCUCUGUAAAAAGCCAUAAUAAGAAAGAUAGACCACUGAGUGUGGAUGAGGUGUCAGGAUGAGAGAAAGAAUUAAACCAAAAUGCCUUUACAGCUAAGGUGGAGGUAAUGCUGAUUGGAAAACUUUACAACCGCUCAUUAGACGAGGGGUCAGCAAACUUUUUCAGCAGGGGACCGGUCCAUUGUCCCUCAGACCUUGUGGGGGGCCAGACUAUAUUUUUGGGGGGGCGGGGGGAAAUGAACAAAUUCCUAUGCCCCACAAAUAACGCAGAGAUGCAUUUUAAAUAAAAGGACACAUUCUACUAAUGUAAAAACACACUGAUUCCCAGACCGUCUGCAGGCCGGAUUUAGAAGGCAAUUGGGCCGGAUACGGCCCCUGGGCCUAUGUUUGCCUACCCAUGCAUUAGACUGUUCUAUACUGAUAUGAUAUGACUUCGUGUGGGUAGACAUAGCAGACGACACAGCAAUUCUUCCAAAGCAGCUCUUUAUUUGUAAGCUGGACAGAACUGAACAGCAAACAGCUCAGCCGGCCUGCUUUUAUAGGCAGCCAGCUGUCAACAAUGUAGCAACAACAACCCAGGGUUUCCCGCCUAAAAUAACUGACGUGGACCUGAGUGAAAACUACAUACACAAUACUCCUGGUGGCCAGGGUGAGAACUUCAAUACAUAACACCCCUCCCCACCGAGAUAAGGCGUUAGUUACAAUCGUAAUGGUUUCCUUAUAUACAGCACUACACGUAAUGGUUCAAUUAGGCACAAAAGCAUAUUGGUUACAUUUCCCAUACUUAGACCAACAGUGAUACAUGUCCAACAACAUAGUCCUUUAAAUAAGUUGGGCGCUUGGAAACUCUGCCAGACCGCCGGGGACUGGUAGCCAAGUCCGGGGGGCCACCCAAUUCUUGCUGACGCUGUGGUGCGACCCUAGGUGGCGUUGAAACCAAAUCCCCUGGAUCCGCUGCUGUGGGUGGAGCCUCCGCAAGUGGAGUGGUCUGAGCCUGUGGUAAGUCUGGCAGACCCUCUGAAGCGGCUUGGUUUGGCUCCAGGCUGGCAGUUUGCGAGGGAGGUGUAGGUGGAGCCUCGCCAUCUGUAAGUGUCUCUUCUGGAGCCACGAGCGCAGUUGGGGGCACCACGGUAGUGUCCAAGUCCCCAACCUUGCGCCUAAGCUGGUCUAUGUGCCGGCGCCACAAACGUCCGUCUUCGAGUGCUACCUGGUACGAGCGAGGUCCAGUGACUCCCACUACUGUGGCUGGCACCCAAGGAAUGUCCCCCACAUAGUUCCGGGCAAAGACCUGGUUUCCUGGAACAAAUGACUGUGGCAUGUUGGCACAGCCUGGGGGUUCGGCCACGGCAAAGUCCGGGUGCAGCCGGUUGAGUGGUGACCUGAGGCGGCGGCCCAUAAGCAGUUCAGCAGGACUCUGCCCUGUGGCCGCAUGAGGGGUGAUGUGUUGCGCGAACAAGUAUUCGGCGACCCGCUCGUGCCAGUCUCCCCGGUCCAGGCGCGCCAGUGCCUCUUUUGCCGAGCGCACCAUUCUCUCCGCUUGGCCGUUGCUGGGUGGAUGAAAUGAUGCCGUUAGGGCAUGGCGGAUGCCCAGUCCCAAAAGAUACCGCUCAAAAGUGCCUGACGUGAACUGCGGUCCGUUGUCGGAGACAAGGCCAUCAGGACACCCAUGCGUCGCAAACAGGCCUCGCAGCACCCGGAUGACGGCCUCGGUAGUGGUGGAGGGCAUCAGGGCCACCUCCAGCCAUUUGGAAUAGGCGUCCACCACUACCAUAAAGGUCCAGCCGUGAAAGGGGCCGGCCAGAUCAAUGUGCACUCUUGACCAGGGUGUCUUUGGCGUCUCCCAGGAGUGUCCCUUAGCUGCCGGUGGUGCAGGCCUCGAUUCUUGGCACGCUUGACAGGUGGACACCCAGGCAGUGAUGGCAUCGUCCAUGUUAGGCCACCAGACGUAACACCGAGCCAACGCCUUCAUUUUGACAAUUCCUAGGUGGCCAACGUGCAGAGCCUCCAGGACGCGUUGACGGAGUCUUUGAGGAAUCACGACGCGGUCUCCCCACAGCAGACAGCCGCGAUGAGCCGAGAGUUCAUGUUGUCUGGUUGUGAAGGGCUGGAACUCCGAUGCAAAAGGCCCUUGUGGCCACCCCCUCCACACCCAGUUGAGCACACGGCUGAUGGUGCGAUCCUGGGCAGAUGCAGAGGCCACAGUGGCAGCCGAUACAGGCGCUACUGGAAGAUCCUCUAUCAGGAGGAGCGAUGAAGCUGGAGCCGGGUCUUCCACAAACGCUGGAAGAGGGCAAUGGCUGAGGGCGUCGGCAUGGCCCAUCGAUUUCCCCGGGCGAUGGUUGAGCCGGUAGUGGUAGGCAGCCAGGAAAACAGUCCAUUGCAGCAUGCGCGGCGAGAGGACCGGUGGAGUUGGACGAUCACCGGCGAGGAGGCCCAGGAGCGGCUUGUGGUCAGUGAUGAGGUCAAAAGUCCUGCCAUAGAGGUAUUCAUGGAACCUCUUCACUCCAGCCACAAGUGCCAGUGCCUCCUUGUCGAGCUGGCUGUAAUUCCGUUCCAUCAGAGAUAGCGUCCUGGAAAAGUAGGCGAGCGGUGCUUCUCUUCCGUCUGGAAAACGGUGACUAAGGACAGCGCCGAUGCCAAAAGGUGAGGCGUCGCAGGCAAGGACCAGCGGCCUGGACUGCUUCAGGUGCAACCAAUGCUCGGGCUGUCUCAAACACCUCAGGCCCACAGAGGCUGAGGAAUAGGCCCCGCUUCCGUUCCUUUGAAACUGCUGUCAGCUCAUUGGCUUGGAGGUAGCAGUCAAACCGAGCGAGGUAGGAGUCCCAUGAUUCAGAGGCUGGCGCGAACGGCGGUAGAGGCACAAGUGAAGCCAUGAUUCCGAUGAUAGUGUGAAGGGUGAUGGAUGGAACACAGUGCUCUAGCCAGAACAGUCAGCUCUGAAUUGGUUCUGUCCAGUGAUUUCGCUCUGUGAUUCAGCUCAGUGAUUCAGCUCAGUUCAGAGGAUGGCCGCAUCUGGCUGUGCUCUGAUGUCCAUUGAUCCCACCUUCGUCGCCAGUGUUAAAUAGUGGGUAGACAUAGCAGACGACACAGCAAUUCUUCCAAAGCAGCUCUUUAUUUGUAAGCUGGACAGAACUGAACAGCAAACAGCUCAGCCGGCCUGCUUUUAUAGGCAGCCAGCUGUCAACAAUGUAGCAACAACAACCCAGGGUUUCCCGUCUAAAUUUUUUUUUUUUUAAGAUAUUUAUUGAGAUUUUCAGAAUGUUACAAAAAAUAAAAAAAAUAAAAUAGAAGCAGAAGAGAAUACAAAGAAUAAAAAUAGUUAUAAGAAAAAAUUCCAAAUGAGAAAAAAAUGACAGGAAAAAAGAAGAAUGCAAAAAUCCCAAAACUUUAAAAACAUUUAAAAACAAAUUCAUUAUUUUCAAAUCCUUAACUGUCAUUACCUUCUUUCUUAGACCUCCUCCUGUGAUCACCAAUAGUCAGCAUGGAUUUCUGAAAAAUAAGUCAUGUCAGACUAACCUGAUCUCGUUUUUUGACAGAAUUACAAGCCUGGUAGAUGAAGGGAAUGCAGUGGAUGUAGCCUACCUUGAUUUCAGCAAGGCAUUCGACAAGGUGCACCAUGAUAUUCUUGUAAAGAAGCUGGUAAAAUGCGGUCUUGACUAUGCUACCACUCAGUGCAUUUGUAACUGGCUGACUGACCGAACCCAAAGGGUGCUCAUCAAUGGUUCCUCUUCAUCCUGGAGAAGAGUGACUAGUGGGGUGCCACAGGGUUCUGUCUUGGGCCCGGUCUUAUUCAACAUCUUUAUCAACGACUUGGAUGAUGGACUCAAGGGCAUCCUGAUCAAAUUUGCAGAUGACACCAAACUGGGAGGGGUGGCUAACACCCCAGAGGACAGGAUCACACUUCAAAACGACCUUGACAGAUUAGAGAACUGGGCCAAAACAAACAAGAUGAAUUUUAACAGGGAGAAAUGUAAAGUAUUGCACUUGGGCAAAAAAAUGAGAGGCACAAAUACAAGAUGGGUGACACCUGGCUUGAGAGCAGUACAUGUGAAAAAGAUCUAGGAGUCUUGGUUGACCACAAACUUGACAUGAGCCAACAGUGUGAUGCGGCAGCUAAAAAGCCAAUGCAAUUCUGGGCUGCAUCAAUAGGAGUAUAGCAUCUAGAUCAAGGGAAGUAAUAGUGCCACUGUAUUCUGCUCUGGUCAGACCUCACCUGGAGUACUGUGUCCAGUUCUGGGCACCACAGUUCAAGAAGGACACUGACAAACUGGACCGUGUCCAGAGGAGGGCAACCAAAAUGGUCAAAGGCCUGGAAACGAUGCCUUAUGAGGAACGGCUAAGGGAGCUGGGCAUGUUUAGCCUGGAGAAGAGGAGGUUAAGGGGUGAUAUGAUAGCCAUGUUCAAAUAUAUAAAAGGAUGUCACAUAGAGGAGGGAGAAAGGUUGUUUUCUGCUGCUCCAGAGAAGCGGACACAGAGCAAUGGAUCCAAACUACAAGAAAGAAGAUUCCACCUAAACAUUAGGAAGAACUUCCUGACAGUAAGAGCUGUUCGACAGUGGAAUUUGCUGUCAAGGAGUGUGGUGGAGUCUCCUUCUUUGGAGGUCUUUAAGCAGAGGCUUGACAACCAUAUGUCAGGAGUGCUCUGAUGGUGUUUCCUGCUUGGCAGGGGGUUGGACUCGAUGGCCCUUGUGGUCUCUUCCAACUCUAUGAUUCUAUGAUUCUAUGAUUCUAUGAUUCUAUGAUUCUAUGAUUCUCCUCCCUUUCUUUGUAUCCUAGUUAUUAAUUAUCCCAGCAAAUCCUUGACCUUAUCUUUCUAUAAUAAAAUAAACCUUAACACUUAAAACUUAAAUCUUAUCCUUACCAACUUCUCAUAAUCAUAAUAUUCUUUCAUAAUUCUUUAAACAUCUUUGCUAAAGCCAAGUAUUUUCAUUCCAACAUUUUCCUAUCAUUCAUCAAUUUUAUAAAACAGUUCUAAUAGUAGAAAAAAGAGGUAUAAACAGAUCCAAUCUUCAUCCAGCGUCCCUUCCUCCUGGUUCGGGUUUUGUCAGUCCUUAUUCCCGUCAAUCUAGCCCAUUAACCUGGCAACCUUAUGUCCGAGGCCCUCAAGUCUCUUCCAUGACCCUUCCGCGGCUCUUCUUCAUAUUUGUAACUGUAUUUUCCCUUGUCUCUUGCUCGUGGUAACUCCAGCUUGACAAUGUUUUUAAUCCUUCUCAACAGAUCAGCCCCUUUUCCAUGUUCAACAAUGAAUUCCAUGUAGUAUUUAAAAGCAUGUUUCAAAGGCCCUCCAAAAUUGAGAGCCCCCACAGUCCCAAACAUCUCACGGCCCGUGGCAUAUUUGAAAAGUCCAAACAUCUCAGCAUAGGGGGGUCAAUCCAGCCCCCCAUUUCCAAACCAAGCCAAACUUUUCCUUUCCAGAUAUGGCUUUUUCCAAGUUCAUUUGUCAAAUCCAAAAAAUCAUAUUCCUGUUGGGCCUGUUCUGUCAAAACACACUCCUGAUUUAAUGUCAAAAACUCCUGUUCUGUCAAGACACACUCCUGAUUUAAAUCCUGAGUGGGCUCCACAUAUUUUCCCACUGUCUGUUCAAAGUUUCCCACUGCCUGUUCAAAAUUUCUAGUCGAAGUCGCCAUCCAAUUCACCUUCUCGUGUAACUGUUCCAGUAGAUCGUUUGUUUUAUAGAGAGCAUACAACAAGGCUUCUGAAUACAUUGUCCCACAAGGUCAGACACUUGUUCCCACGAUUGUAAUCUGUAACAGCUGUCGACUCCCUGGAGUUAGUUACCGUUUCACAGUUACAAUUUCACAGACUCCCCCUAGGGGGAAGACUUCUAUUUAUUCUUGCAACAAAGUUUCCUUUUUUUAAGAUACUUUGUCCAUAUAUAAUCCUUUAAAAUGCAAAAGGGAACAGUGGAAUCACUAGGUUUCUCUUCUUUUAGCCAUCUGUCAAAAACACUUGUCUUUGGUUAAUGAACUUCACACGUCAGUCCUGACAGCCCGCUCCAGGAUCAGGACGGAGGAAAGUUACUUCACUUUAAAGUCACUUUAAACAGUCCAAAAAGAUCCCCCCCUUCUCCUGGUGUUGAAGGGGGGUUCCACAAUUUUAAAUGGUGAAAUCCAAUCUAUUAAAAGAGAUUUUCUGAGCUCUAGUUUAAGUUGCCUUUGCUUUAUUCUGUUUACAAAAGAACAGAAGGAUGAAUUCCUGUUUAGACCUUCCCGUUCCGUACCAAAUUCAAGUAAAUUUUUAAAGUCCGAUUCUUUUCUACUCGCAAGUCCUUAUUUGAUGUACAAUUGUUCAAAGUCUAAGUACUCACGGGUGCUUAUUUUAAAGUCCAAAUUGGAAUGGCAGAUGAAAGUGAUGGACUAUAUGGAACUGGCUGAGAUGACUGGCAGAAUUCGAGACCAGGGAGAAGGGUCGAUGGAAGAAGAUUGGAAAAAAAUUAAAAUAUACCUUCAAAAAUACUGCAAUAUAAAAGACUGUUAGAAAGAGGUUGGAAAAAGAAAAUUAGGUCGUUCUGGUAGAUAUGAUAUAAAGGAUUAAGUAAAAAUGAGUUGAUGAAUUUGAUGAAACAGAGGAGGUUUAAUUACAUUAUUUAAAUUUUAAAAUACGUAAAUGAAAAUAAGGUUAGAAGGAUUUGCUGGGAAUACGAUCUGAACUAGAAUACAAAAUUGGGAGGUGAGAGGAGGUCAUGGAAAUAAGUAAAGGGAAAAGGCUAUGUAAAGGUUAAAUCUGUUUUUGUUUUAUUUUAACUUAAUGCAUUUUUAUAUUUUUUGUUAAGUCUUCUUUUUUAUUCUAUUUUAUUGUUCACUUUAUCUUUUUAUUUUUUGCUUUGUUAAAGCUUUCUUUGUAUUUUGUAUGGUUUUUCUUUCUCUUUUUUGUAACUUUAAAUUUGGAAUAAAUAUCAUUAAAAAAAAAAAUUAAAGUCCAAAUUGUCCCAGGAAAAAGGCAGCGCUCUCUGGCAACAGCUAUGCGGCUUCGCUCCACGGAAAUAGCAUGGAAACUCACAGCACCGCGCCACUUCCCCCUCUUCACUUCGGAGCCCGUUAGUGGGUUCCUUAGCGGGUUGGGGGGGCGCUAAAGGUGCCCGCUGAGUCCCAUGGUCACAGGCUUCAUCCGCCUAUGAUUUUUAAGUGGGUCCCCGCUUCGCCGUAGCGGAGAAGACCCGUUUUCCGCGGAGCUAGUCCCUCCGGUUCAGAGGGAGUCCGCCAUUGCCGGUGGCGCCACCCCGGAAGUCUUGGUUUCCCGCCUAAAAUAACUGACGUUGACCUGAGUGAAAACUACAUACACAAUACUCCUGGUGGCCAGGGUGAGAACUUCAAUACAUAACACCGUGGGUAUGCAAUAACAAGGAGACAUAGAGGACAUGCAGAGUCUGCAACCCUCCCAAACUCCAAGCAAUCCAAAAUUGACAGUUUUAUGCUUGGCAGUUUUGGCAACUCUGGUCCCUCUGGGUAUUCUCUUUUUGCGUCAAAUCAUCACUUCAUUCUGGCAACUACUUUGGUGGAAAGGGGUUAAUGAGGACAGCCAAGAAACGAGGACUGAGAAGUCUGCAGGAUUUUGGAUCUCAGCCUGGAGAUGAGUUAUGGCAGAACCGUUUUAAAGGGAAGUUAAUCCUAAUUCCAGACCAAGUGGCCCUUGAAAUAUCACCAGUGCCAAAUGGGAUCCUGCCAAAUUGGCAGGGGAAAAACAGAACUGUGCAGAACCUAGACUAACUGUUUAAAUUAAGAAGCCAUUCAAGAUACCUAUGUCCAGAAUGAAUCUUGAUGGGUCCUCUCAGUGUUGGGGAGGUUGUUCAAUGCUUGGUACAUGUGGUGGUCCUGCCCAUGAGUUCAGGUGUUUUGGAACUUUCUAUAGCGAACAGUGCAAACAUAAUGGUCUAGGUUUUCUGUUAUAUUUUAUCAACAGAUACUAAGAAGUUGUUCUAACUGGAUAUCUUUAUAGCUUCAGUCUAUGUGUGCUGCUAGCAUUGUCUGAAUGACAUUUUUUAAAAUAUGGAAAGGAUGAAACACCCUCCCCCAAAUCCUUCAACUCUUCCACUAUGUAUUUUUAUCUUUCAGGCACAAUGAUUUGCCACUGAAGUUGAGAUGGUUUUAUAAAAACCAGCUGAGUAAAAUUGAUUUAAGGACCCUCAGCACCACAUCCACAAAUAUUGAGAAGCUCCAGGCUGGUCAUGUGGGUGCCCAGGUAGGCCAGGGUGGAAGUAGAUGUACUUCCAGGGUAGAAGUAUAUCCGUACUCUUGGACUGAGUUCCUUGCUAGAGUGAGCCAGAGACCAAGCAUGGGGGAGGGAUGCGUAUACUUCUAGCUUUGGCUGGAUGUCUGUUGCCAUAAUGGAAAAGACGGAGGUGGAAAUCAAGGCUAGAUUGUAGACCAUGCUGGAAGGUGUGUAUGGAAACAUAUUUCCCCUUUAUCUGCAUUUCUGUAUGGGUACACAAUUAAUGCUGCAUCUAGGAUUUGGGCAAGUUAUCAGUUUGUGCCCAACCUGUGUCUCCUCAGUCCUAGUCUGGUGCUCUGACUAUUAUGGGACACUGGCUCUUGGUUGGUUGGCCAACCUGAACCCCUCUAGUGGAUUUUGUGUUAGCGGCCAGGCCAGCACCAUAUGUCAGGAGGCCCUGAGCAGCAUGUGCUGCCAAUUCCCACCCCCAAACACCCCCACUCUCCUCCGCUAAGAUGGCUGCACAAUGUAUGUAGAGUUUUAGUGUUGGCCCUGGCAACACACUUGAUUGGGAGCCAAGUUCAGCUCCCCUCUGUGGGCAAAAGCUCUUCAAUGCUCCUGCCCUUCCUUCUUUAUCUUUAAAAUGGUGUUGGACUGGAGCUGCGCAAAUGGAGGACUGUCCCCUGACAGCUCUUCAAAGGAGAGGGCGAGUAGAACAGUGCUGUGGACCUGACAGAGGGCAAGUAAAACAUGACCCACAACCCUCCUGAGAGAUGUAGCAAGUCUCCUUAGCAGACAAGUCCUUGACUGUAGGAAGUUUACAUUUUCCUGGCUAAGGGGCAGUGCAGCCUGUGGAAAGGAACCACUUUUCUGAGCAGUGAGCAGUUUGGUUUCAUUCAGUGGUGGCAGUGGAGCUCUAUCAGAGAGAACAGGGCACUGCCCCAUCAAACUCUGUCUACCCUCAGCCAACCCCACCUGGUGGCCAUCUAGGCUAGGGUUAGCACUGCCUGUCAGUUCCAUCCUCCUUAAUCCCAGGGUUGCCAUUGCAGGAUCCUGCAGGCAGAAGGCUGAGGACAAAACUAGCAUUAGCUGGCUCUGCCUGUCGCUGGCUGCCUCCCUCUUUCAUCCUUCCUGCCUUCCACCUUACCAGUCCCAAUGGGCAGCAGCCACCACUGGGAAAUGCAGGCUUAUUGGGAUUUUCACGAUAAUUGACUGGUUUUCAAAUGGGCAGGUUAAGCACAGGUGGGGGAUGCACAGCUUAAAUACUCCAACAAAUAGCCCAAACCCACAUUAGAUCUCUGGAGAGGCAGCCAGCACCCUCAAAACGCUGUUAGCUUUGCAGAGCCCCAAAACUUAGUUCUCUGCCUGCCUGCCUGCCUGCCUGCCUGCCUCACACUGCAGGCCUAGCCUGCCUUCCUACACCUGGCUGGGAGUGAGAUGACAAGUCAACAUCUAUCUAUGCCUUUUUGAACCAUCUCGGUUCCCAUAGAAACACAUUGCCAGAAAUUGUCUAACAAAAGAACGCUCCUGGCUAAAUCCAUCUGAUCAGUCUGACCAUUUUAGCAGCCCUCCCCUCUCUUGGCCAGAUGCCAGUCUUACAAUUGCAGAAUCACAGAGUUGGAAGGGACUGUAGAGAUGCUCCAGCUUUCCACCCAUCCAUCCACUCAUGCUGACAAACUCUAUUUUCAUGUUUCUUUCAGUUUUGGUCGGUGUAUGUUCUGUGUAGCGCUCAGAAGAAAGAUGUUGUGCGCCUCACUCUGGAGCAGAUUGAUGUUGUCAAACGGAUGUGUAAAAGCUAUGAGGAACUGGAACUGGUGACAUCUUCUGAAGGUGAUGCUUGAUAUUGAUUUUUACAUUCUGAUGCUUUCCGAACUUUGAGCUCUGGUCCAUAUGGCCCCUGGAAGACUGCCCAGAAGGCAAUGUGACCCUCAGGCAUAAGAAAGUUCUCCAUCUGUCCUAUACCAGCACUAACCACUACACUACACUGCACUGUCUCUAACUAUAAAAGGUUUUAGCCGCAGGCCUCCAUGAGUUACACUCCAUAUUUAUACAUAAAAGGAAACCAUCUGGUCCACUAACAGAGCUCUGGGAAAUUAGAGGUGGGAGAUAAGAAUUCUACCCCCAUAAUUGUUCCAAACACUCACCCUGUGAGCUCUGUGGCUAAGAGAGGAUUUGAACCCAGGUCUCCUCAUUCCAAGUCCAACACUCUUAACUACUGCCCCCCACUGGAACUGAAAUUACUGUUAAGCUACUGUAGUUUAUGACUACAUGGUACGUGUGCCCAGUGCAAGCUCUCUGCAUUGCUCUCUUUUGAUCAUUCUGUGUUAAUGUGUCUGGUUAAAUUCAGAUCUGUCUUUCUGAUCGAAAUCCAGGCAUUGCCAGCACUGACAGCAAAAAGAUAGCAUGCUUGAUUGGCAUCGAAGGGGGACACUCCAUCGACAGCAGCCUCGCAACCCUGAGGAUGUUCUACGAGCUGGGCGUUCGGUACAUGACGCUGACCCAUAACUGCAACACUCCCUGGUAAACUACAAACAAGUGUUCCUUCAGAGAGGGGCUGUUUCUCUGGGAUUUGCCAACGUUGCUUAAAAUACUGCAAUGUAUUCCUGCAGUGAGAAAAUAAAUGUAUUUUCCCCUUCAAGGAGGUGGGGUUCUAGGAAUAGCCAAUACAGUAGUAGUUAAAAAAAAACACACACCCUACAACUGAAAGGAACUUGUGAGGUUACACGCAGCAAGUGUGUACGGGGCCCAUGGGUAGAAGAUGUCGAAUGUUCAGAUUGCACAGGUUGAUGGUUGACCAGUGAGCCACAAGCAGAACAGAAAGAGAUUGGGGACUCAGCUACAUUAGUAAGGAAAAAGCAUUUUGUAUGUGUUCUAACACUGUGAAAACAGAUGGCGCUGUGGAGUACCGUCUUUCGCCAAUGUGAUUUCCCAUGUGGAAGUAUACAAUGUGUUUUCCUGAAACACUUUUUUUAAUGUGUCUAGAUCCAGCCCGCGAUUACCUGCGCUGAUUCAGAAAGGAGUUUAAUACAGGUCACUAUAAAGAAAUAUCCAAAAUUUGUUUAGUCGUUUAGUCGUGUCCGACUCUUCGUGACCCCAUGGACCAGAGCACGCCAGGCACUCCUGUCUUCCACUGCCUCCCGCAGUUUGGACAGACUCAUAUCCAAAAUACACAGGUGUAAACAGUACUGGGCUAGAUGAUUCCUGUACUUCUUUUCCAUUUGAAUAAUCAUUUUCCUUCCCUGCAUUUUUAGGGCUGAGACAUCAUCAAAGCAAUCACAAGACUAUCCUAACACUGGUGGCUUGACUGAUUUUGGCAAAGUACGUAAACUGAUGAAGUCCUUUGCAAUGCCCACUACUGAUUCUCUUCCGAAGAAGCAUCCUAGCAUCCUAUAGCAACAAAAGCUUAUUAUCACCUGUCUGGGUUUUAGGCCAGUUUCCCCAAAGAAUCCUGGGGGUUUAUAGUUUGCAGAGGGGGCUGAGAAUUAUUUUCUGGAGUUCUCCAUCUCCACCCCACUCCCAGACUCGUAGGGAGGAAUUCAACAUUGUCAGCAGAGGCACUUCACUUUGCCAGACAAUAUCUUUCUUAAACUGUGGUGCCCAGAACUGGACACAGUACUCUAGCUGGGGUCUGACCAAAGCAGAAUAGAGUGGCUGUAUUACUUCUUUAAAUCCAGACGCCAUAAUUCUGUUGAUGCCGUCUAGAAUAGCAUUAGCUCCUUUUGCUGCUUUCACAUUGUUGCCUCCAGGAUGCAUGUCCAGUUUCUGGCUCUCCCUUCCCCACAGUCAUUUUCAAAGCUCAAGAAAAAUAGAAUGCAUAUAUUUCCAUUGCCAAAGUGAAAUAUGAGCUGUGCUCUAUUUUUGGCCAGAGUAGCAAAACCGAUGAAACCGUCUUGUUUAUUUUUGUGCUAGGAAGUGGUGAAGGAGAUGAAUCGUCUUGGGAUGCUAAUAGACUUAUCUCACACAUCUGACACAACGGCGGCAGCUGCCCUCAGCGUCUCUCGUGCACCAGUCAUUUUCAGCCAUUCUUCAGCCUUCUCCAUUUGCAACAACCCAAGGAACGUCCCUGACCAUAUUUUGCACCUCCUGGUAGGUGUAGCUAAAGCUUAAUGCUUGUCCAACCCAGGCAAAGGGAGGACAUAAUAUGGAGCUCAGAGGUACAUUUUUUCCUCCCAGGUGCAAAGUCAGUAAAAAGAAUUCUUCCUCAGAGAACCAAUUCAAAGAUGUCCAGGUAAAAGCAAGAUGGAGAGCUACUUAUAAAGCUGUAUUAUAAUGGUCCAUCUAGUUUAGUACUGCCAACACUGACUGACAGGAACUCUCCAGGGUUUCAGACAGGAAGUCUCUUCCAGUCCUGCCUGGAAAUGCUGGGGAUUGAACCUGGGACCUUCUGAAUGCAAAGAAGAUGCUCUCUUGCUGAGCUACAGCCCUUUCCUGGUCAAUGUCUUAAAGCAUGGGUCACUAUUGCUUAAGAAGUGAGGAGAAACCAAACUGAUCCCAAAUUAUUCUCCUCUGUGACUGUUUGGUGAUUGAUACACUUGGAAUAUUCAAAUAUUUGUGGAAUAUCAUAUCUGCAACUGAAAAUAUUGUACUAUUUGAUACGUGCACAUCAUGGCAUUUUGUGUUUUGCAUGUGAUCAUUUCCAGAGGGGUAGCUGUGUUGUAGAAAAGCAACAAAAGAGUAAUCUCUGCACAAAUUGUGCAUACUUCUGUGCCACACCACCAAGAGGCAUUGAAUCAUCUCCAUCAAUUUAUUGAUCACCUUGUACACAAUCAUCUCAAGGCAAUGUACAAUAGAAACAGCAAACAACCGAACAAGAAUGUCUUCAGUUGUUUCCAGAAAGUGCUGGUAGUGGGAGCCUGUCACAGUUUUACAGGAAUGUUGUUUGAAACAACUGCCACAUUGAAAGCCCUGCUCUGAGUUACUGCAGAGUAGGCUUCUGAGAUCUUUGCAACUUCUGGGAGAAACUCAGUGAUCUCCUGGGUAUUUAAAGGAUAAGGCGGUCCCUCGGAUAACCUGGUUCCAAGCUGUAUAGGGCCUUAUAUGUUAGUACCAACACCUUCAACUUGACCUGGUAGCAGAUUGGAAGCCAGUGCAAAGCCUGCAAGAUAUUACACGCUGGCAGUAGUUUGCCCCUGCAAGCAACCAAGCUACUGUGUUCUGCACCAGCUGCAGCCUCUGAACUGACCAGAGGACAAGAUUCACCUGGUGCAAGACAAAUACAUUUCUUUUUUUGCCAGACCUUUUUACUAGGCUCUUAAUUAUCGGUGGCCUUGGGUGGAUGGAAUGUUUUAAUCCUGCCUUUUAAAAAAAUAGGAUUGUCUUUUAGAUUUUUCUUUGUUUUUCCUUUCAUGCCACUUUCAAUGUAUGUGUUUGUUUGCUUAUAUAUUGUAAGUUGCUUUGAGUUCCCUUGGUAAAAAAGUGACCGAUAAGUUUAAUAAAUAAUAAUGAGAACAAUAACCCAAAGGGUAGCCCCACACAGAGUGCAUUGCAGCAAUCCAGUUGUGAACACUAGGAAAACGCAAUCAGGCUGCAAGUGUUACUUUGGAUUGUGGUGAAUGAGCUGGCCAUUCAUUUUGCCUUCCUUCUUGCAGAAAGCAAACAACGGAAUUGUGAUGGUGACCUUCUUUGCCGAGAUACUGGGCUGUGACAACAAUGCAGUUGACAUUUCGACCGUAGCAAGUGUGUACCUCCCAGGGCAGAAGUCAAGCACAGUGGGGGGACAAAUCUGCCACUUUCAGUUCUCAUUUUCCCAGUCUUAAAUUCAGUUCUUCACAUUUUCACAACACUCUACCAACUGGGGACGCGAGUGGCGCUGUGGUCUCAACCACUGAGCCUAGGGCUUGCCAAUCGGAAGGUCGGAGGUUUGAAUUCCCACUACGGGGUGAGCUCCCGUUGCUUGGUCUCAGCUCCUGCCAACCUAGCAGUUCGAUAGCACAUCAAAGUGCAAGUAGAUUAAUAGGUAUUGCUCCGGCAGGAAGGUAAACGGUGUUUCUGUGUGCUGCUCUGGUUUGCCAGAAGCGGCUUAGUCAUGCUUGCCACAUGACCCAGAAAAACUGUCUGCGGACAAACGCCGGCUCCCUCGGCCAGUAAAGCGAGGUGAGUGCCACAACCCCAGAGUCAUUCACGACUGGACUUAACUGCCAUGGGUCCUUUACCUUUUUUACCUACCAGCAGGGAUUUGGAAUACAAGCUUGUGUCUCCUUACCUUAUUGCUGUACACCACCUUGAUAUUUUAUGAGUGGGCAAUACACAAACACUUUUAUAAAUAAAUGAAAAUUGCCACUGCUGCAAUUAGCAGCACAAAAAACCCUUCCGUGAAUUCCAAAGAGAGAUUAAUUUCUGCUGCUGAUUGCAGUGCAUGUGUCAACUUAGACAGGAUCAGAGUGGGAGGGAGGGGUUACACCUCCAUUCCCCACAUGCUGCGGUCUUGAUUGAAAAUGGACAGCCCUGCCAUGUACUUGUUAGCAAUUAAAAACAAAAACAAAAACCCCACACCCAGUACUGACCCCAGUGUUGCCCAGUGAACUCCAUGGCUGAAUUCUGAUUUCAACUCUCUUCUCCCAGUCCAAUUAUUUACCAACCCCACACCACGCUAGUCACGUUUGCCGGUCUUUCUGAAUCAUGUAACUCAUGCUUUCCAUCCUCCCCUUAGAUCAUUUUGACCACAUCAGGACAACGAUAGGCUCAGAAUAUAUCGGAAUUGGUGGUGACUACGAUGGAGUGAACAAGUUAGUAAACAUUAUUAGGGAUAGGCAAGACUGAGGGACUAAGCUAGUAAAUCAAUAUGUUGUUAACAACUUAAUGAGUUCGUUAAACUGUGGGCAUCCCAUAAGCCACUGUGAGAGCAAGACGCACUUGUGGCUCAUGGAUUUCCCCCAUCCUGAUUGCUUGGCUGUUUGGUUUGCUGCACUCUGCUAGGAUCUAAUUGGUACUGUAUUACUGUUUCUGGCAUUGUGAUUUGCUUUUUGUCUACUCCCUUGGCUUUGUUUGAAAAGAAAUGUGGAAAUAACAGCAGCAGGAGAAACAACAACAGUGUUUUACACUUAGGAUUAAUCUGCAAGAUGUGAAGCAGUUGUUUACAUUUCACCUGGAAUUUUACCAGGCCUGAAUUGUUUGGAGAUAAAUAAUAAUAAUAAUAAUAAUAAUAAUAAUAAUAAUAAUAAUAAUUUAUUUAUGUCCCACCAUCUGGCUGGGUUUCCCCAGCCAAUCUGGGCGGCUUCCAACCAAAUAUUAAAAACAAUACAGCGUCAGACAUUAAAAACUUCCCUAAACAGGGAAGUUUUUGUCUUUUAAAAGUAAAAUAGUUCUUUAUUGCCUUGACAUCUGCUGGGAGGGCGUUCCACAAGGCGGGUGCCACUACUGAGAAGGCCCUCUGCCUGGUUCCCUGUAACCUCACUUCUCACAGCGAGAGAACCGCCAGAAGGCCCUCAGCACUGGACCGCGGUGUUCGGGCUGGAUGAUGGGCAUGGAGACGCUCCUUCAGGUAUACAGGAGAUAUUGAGAAGCUCAAGUACAUUUGCUACCCACCUCCCUCAACUGACUUUCCUCUGAGGGGAAAAGAAGAAUAUACCAUGCAGUAGCCUUUGCCAACCUGGUGCCUCUCCCCAGAUACUUUGGACUAUGACUCCCAUCAGCACCAGCUGUGCUCGCUGAGGAUGAUGAGAGGUGCAGUCCAAAACCUUGAGAGGGCACCAGCUUGAUGAAGGCUGCUAAAAACCAGAGUGUAGGAAACUGCAAGAGUUCAGUGUGGCCUUGCUAGCUGGGCUUUUGAAGUCCACUGUAAACAUCCAAGGGUUGGUUGAAAGCAGCUUGCCCCUUGCUUUGUUCUGAGAAGGACAUCAGCCCCCUUCUCUGCAAUUACUGGCCAAAGGGAACCGUGGCUUAUAUGGUGAAUUGUAAUUUCUUUGCAGGUACCCAGAAGGGCUGGAAGAUGUUUCCAAAUACCCAGCCUUGAUCGAGGAGCUGUUAAGGAGAGGUUGGAGUGAGGAGGAACUGGAAGGCGUUUUGAGACAGAACUUCCUUCGUGUUUUCCAGGAGGUGGAAAAAGUAAGAGUGAAAUAAUUCUAUCUGUUUAUCUAGCAGAUCACCUUGGGCAUUUGGAUGUUCAGCUGAACUCAUGCUAGGGAUAGGGAAGAAAUUCAGUUUAAUGCAAAACUGCACUCAUUUGCACUUCCUGAAACAAACCUAAGGGUCUGGUAUAGAUGCCUGAAGGGCCACAUUCGGCCCCUGCGUUCCCUAUUUUUGGUUUACAAGCAUAAGUAAUGUACCAGGCCUCCUGAACAAGCAGUAGCAACUUUGGGACUCUUAUGGAAAACACAUGUAAUCUCCAUAUUCACACAACAUGCCACUUGGGAAUGUUGACGGGAUACUUAAAACAUUGUGUGAUUAAUUUUGCUUAGCAAAAUUCUGGGGUGAUGGUGGAAAUAGAUAACUUCGAAAUUUGUUUGAAUGGUUAAGGAAAGUUUAGAUGAUAGUUAUAAUAAAUUGAUUCACCUUAUUGUAAACAUUUAUAGCAAAGCAUAAUUCUACAAAUUGAAUUACAAUUUUUAAAUGCCUGAUAUUGUCUACUGGAACAGAAGAAUGAGAGACAUUGACUUAGAUCUUAUCAAAGUUAGUUGAGCUUAGGUCACACUGAAAUCAUUGGGACAAGUUAGUUGAGUCUUAAAUUAACUCCUAUUGGUUGCAAUAGGAACUGAGUUCAAUUAAUUAAGUUGGGAUAAUUUUAUUAUUUAUACCCUGCCCAUCUAGCUGGGUUUCCCCAGCCACUCUGGGCAGCUUACAGAAUAUAUAAAACAUAAUAAAGCAUCAAACAUUAAAAACCUCCCCAUACAGGGCUGCCUGCUUAACUUUCAGAUGUCUUCUAAAAGUUAUGUAGUUCUUAAUCUCCUUUACAUCUGAAGGGAGAGCUUCCCACAGGGAGGGUGCCGCUACUGAGAAGGCCCUCUAGUUAUGCUAAUGGUCCAGUGGUUUAAUGUGCUUAUGGCAACUUGAUAUUUUUAAAUUUAUUUUCCUUCUAUUUCUCUGGCCUCUUGAAUAAGCACCUAACAUAGCCAGUAGCUAUCAACUGCAGAGAGAUAUUACAGGCUUCCCAUAGGCAUCUGAUUGGCCUCUGUCAGAACAGGAUGCUGGGCUAGAUGGACCUUUGGCCUGAUCUGGACUUUUGGUUGUUGCUAUUGUUGUUGUUGCUGCUGCUUUCUUAAAUAGACAGACAGAACCAUCAGUAUAUAAAGCAGCAUUCCCCAGCCUAGGGACUUUCAGGUAUUUUGGACUACAUCUCCCAGCUGCUUAGAUACCUGAAGUGAAGCCCCCUGCAGCAAGCAGGUUACAGUUAAAACUUAGACAGCUGGUGGAAACAAAAGAGCAAAUGGAAAGAUGGUGUGGUGACUGUAGUGAGGAGUAAUGCAAAUAAAUAUACCUACGGAUUACAUCUGCUUCUGUAUUCUUCAUUCUUUCAUCCUUUUUAGUUUCAUUGUAUUGAAACUCCUAUGCACCAGUUAGAAAAGAUUGGUAUACAAAUUAUUUAAAUAGAUAAAGAGGACGAACUCUAGGUUCUAGUGGGUUUUGCCUUCUAGUUAGCUCUGAAUUUUGGAUUUUUCUAGGUGCGUGAUGAGAGUGCUUCCAUGACAGCUGGAGAAGAGGAAAUUUCCCCAGAUGACGUACAACACGACUGCCGUUUAGACCUGAGGCGUCCUCCUGGUUAAUGCCUUCUUCGUCUUCUGCUUGGGGACAACCAAGCACCUUAAUAUUGCUGUGUCCAUGUGGGACUCAUGUUGCUCACAGAGAAUAAUAAAGCUACUUGCCUCCACGAA